GAAGUUGGGGGUGGCUGCUGAGUGGGCCUCUGGAGUAUGUGUGUCUGUGUCAGUGCGUAUGUGUGUCACUGUCAGUGCGUGUGUGUGUCUGUCUCAGUCCGUGUGUGUGUCUGCGCUGGCGCCUGACCAGGGUGAUUUCCCAUAAACCACAUGCCCCCACGCUCGACUUAAAAGGCUGUGCCGAGGGUUGGCUAGUGAAGUUCGGCCCGAGGAAAGUGAAAGUUCGCCUGGGUCCUCUCCACUCGGGAGCCGCUCUCCGCAUCCCUGGACAGCGGCGCGGCCCUCGGCCGGGGCGCCCACUCGGCAGCGGCCAGCGAGCGAGCAAGGGCGACGACGCCCCCGGCCGGGACCCAGCUGUCCGUAUGACCGCGCCGGGUGCCGCCGGGCACUGCCCUCCCACGACAUGGCUGGGCUCCCUGCUGUUGUUGGUCUGUCUCCUGGCGAGCAGGAGUAUCACCGAGGAGGUGUCGGAGUACUGUAGCCACAUGAUUGGGAGUGGACACCUGCAGUCUCUGCAGCAGCUGAUUGACAGUCAGAUGGAGACCUCAUGCCAAAUUGUCUUUCAGUUUGUAGACCAGGAACAGCUGAAAGAUCAGGUGUGCUACCUUAAGAAGGCAUUUCUCCUGAUACAAGACAUAAUGGAGGACACCAUGCGCUUCAGAGACAACACCCCCAAUGCCAUCGCCGUCACGCAGCUGCAGGAACUCUCUUUGAGGCUGAACAGCUGCUUUACCACGGAUUAUGAGGAGCAUGACAAGGCCUGCGUCCGAACUUUCUAUGAGACACCUCUCCAGUUGCUGGAGAAGGUCAGGAAUGUCUUUAAUGAAAUAAAGAAUCUCCUUGACGAGGACUGGAAUAUUUUCAGCAAGAACUGCAACGACAGCUUUGCUGCAUGCUUCAGCCAAGAUGUGGUGACCGAGCCUGAUUGCAACUGCCUGUACCCCAAAGCCAUCCCUAGCAGUGACCUGGCCUCUGUCUCCCCUCAUCAGCCCCUCGCCCCCUCCCCGGCCCCUAGGGCUGGCUUGACCUGGGAUGACUCUGAGGGCAGCUCCCACUUGCCUGGCGAGCAGCCCCUGCACACGGUGGACCCAGACAGUGCCAAGGAGCGACCACCCAGGAACACCUGCCAGAGCCUUGAGCCGCCAGAGACCCCAGUUAUCAAGGACGGGACCAUCAGUGGCUCACCACAGCCUGACCCCUCUGUCGGGGCCUUCAACCCCAGGAUGGAGGAUAUUCUUGACUCUGCAUUGGGUACUAACUGGGCCCCAGAAGAAGCCUCUGGAGAGCCCAGUGAGAGUCCUGUCCCCCAAGGGACAGAGCUUUCCCCCUCCAGGCCAGGAGGGGACAGCAUGCAGGCAGAGCCCUCCAGACCCAGCAACUUCUCAGCAUCUUUUCCACUCCCUGCAUCAGCAAACGGCCAACAGCUGGCAGAUGUAACUGGUACCGCCUUGCCCAGAGUGGAGCCCGUGAGGCCCACUGACCAGGACUGGAAUCACACCCCCCAGAAGACAGACCGUCCAUCUUCCCUGCUCAGAGACCCCCCGGAACCAGGCUCUCCCAGGAUUUCAUCACCACGCCCCCAAGGCUCCAGCAACCCCUCCACCCUCUCUGCUCAGCCACGGCUUUCCAGAAAACACCCCUGGGGCAGCGUGCUGUCCCUUAAGGGGCUAGAGAGCAGGAGGAGCACCAGGGAUCGGAGGAGCCCGGCAGAGCUGGAAGGAGGACCAGCAAGUGACGGGGCAGCCAGGCCCCUGGCCCGUUUUAACUCUGUUCCUUUGACUGACACAGGCCAUGAGAGGCAGCCCAAGGAAACUUCCAGCCUGCAGCUCCUGAAGCCUGUCUUCGGCCUGCUGGUGCCCAGCGUCACCUUGGUCUUGCUGGCUGUCGGCGGCCUCUUGUUCUACAGGCGGAGGCGGCGGAGCCGCCUAGAGCCUCAGAGAGUGGAUUCUCCCUUGGAGCAGCCAGAGGGCAGCCCCCUGACACAGGAUGAAGACAGACAGGUGGAACUGCCGGUGUAGAGGGAGCUCUAAGCUGGAUGCACAGGACAGUCUCUCCAUGGGAGGAGACAUUACGGGGCAUCCACCACCUGGAAUGUGGUCUGCCCUCCAUCAGAGCUCCUGCCUGCCAGGACUGGACCAGAGCAGCCAGGCCGGGGCCCCUCUGCCUCAACCCACAGACCCUUGACUGAGUGAGAGAGGCCAGAGGGUGCUCCCCGUGCUGCCACUAUUUAUUGUGGGCCCUGGAGGCUCCCAUGGGCUUGAGCCGGCGGGUCCGGCUCAGAACCCUCUUCUCUCAGGGGCUGCACCCUCCUCUCACCCCCCUCUAGGUCAGCACCUGGGCCAGGGACCCACCAGCCUGUGGCUUGUGGGAGAGCAUGGUGGAUGCUAAGGAGUGGAAGAACCCUGCACCCAGAGGACCCGCCUAGUGCCAAGGGAUCCCAGCCUGGACAGGCAGGAACCUGUCUCCAGAGAGAGGAUUCUGAAGUUUGUGGGGCGGGCCGCGUCAGCCUGAUUUCCCGUAAAGGUGUGCAGCCUGAGAGACGGGAAGAGGAGGCCUCUGGACCUGCUGGUCUGCACUGACAGCCUGAGGGGUCUACACCCUCAGCUCACCUAAGUGCCCUGUAUUGGUUGCCAGGCGCAGAGGGGAGGCCAGCCCUGCCCUCAGGACCUGCCUGACCUGCCAAAGAUGCCAAGAGGGGGAUCAAGGCCUGGCCUCUGCGUCUCCUCCCUCCAGCACCUGCCAGAGCUUCUCUGGGAGGCCAAGCAGAGGCUCCCCUCAUGAAGGACGCCAUUGCACUGUGAACACUGAACCUGCCUGCUGAAGCCUGCCUCCAUCGAUCCAUGAGCCAGCAUCCAUCCAUCCUCCACUCCCCAGCCUCUUCCCAGUCUCCGGCACUGAGCUGGUCUCACCAGUUGACUGGGGGAGCCCCUCCGCCCUGACCUUCUCCUGACCUGGCCUUUGACUCCCCGGGGUGGAGUGGGGUGGGACAGCCGCCUGGACUGCCAGCCAGAGCCGGUCUUUAGGCUGUGUUGUUUGCCCAGGUUUCUGCAUCUUGCACUUUGAUAUUCCCAAGAGGGAAGGGACUAGUGGGAGAGAGCCAGGGAGGGGAGGGCACCGACAGAGAGGCUACAGGGUGAGUGCUGACUGAAGAUGGCCUUUGAAAUAUAGGUAUACCCCUGAGGCCAGGGGAGGGUCUGCACUCCCAGCCCAGGGUCCUUUCCUGCUGCCCCAGGAGCCUGGAGCCGAGCAGGUUGUCCCUGUCAGGAGCCCUGGGCUGGGUUGCAUCCUGGCCCGACCUGCCUGGCACCCAGCUCCCAUCCUCUUCUUGCCCUUCUUGCUUCCUGACCUCAGUGGGCAGUGAUGACCUCCAGCCCUCAUCCAGCCCCUCUACCAUCACCUCUAUCCAGGAAAGCCAGGGUGGGAGAGGAACCAGGAGAUCCAGGCCUCAGCUUCCAGUGCUUGGAGGGCCUCCACUUCAUGGCCAGCCCAUGGUGGUGGCUCUGAGAUCUAGCCAACGGGCGACAGGGCUGCCAGUUGCCCCUUGGUUCCUUCGUACUGCUGUGUGCCUUCUCUCCUGCGGCCCUGGGCCCUCCACUGAGACCCUGCCCUACCUGGGCAUGCCGUGGGGCCCAUGGCCUUCCCUUCCUGCCCAGGAAAGUGAGGGUCUUCUGGCCCCACCUCCCCUGCCCUGAUGCUGACAACUGAGGGAAGGCAGUGAACUUGCACGUGGGGCUUAGCCUUCUCAUCACAGCCUCUAUAUUUGAUGCUAGAAAACACAUAUUUUUAAAUGGAAGAAAAAAACAAAAAAAGGCACUCCUUCCUCAUCCCUCUACCUUAAACAUAUAAUAUUUUAAAGGCCAAAAAAGCAAUCCAACCCAUUGCAGAAGCUCUUUGUUUGCUCUUGGUGGCAUCAGAGAACAGGGAGCCCCAGAGCCACCUCUGGUGUCUCCCCAGGCUACCUGCUCAGGAACCCCUUCUGUUCUCUGAGAAGCCAAGAGGGGACAUUGGCUCCCGUACUGUGAGAUUUUGUUUUUAUACUUGGAAGUGGUGAAUUAUUUUAUAUAAAGUCAUUUAAAUAUCUAUUUAAAAAAAUAGAAAGCUGCUUAUAUAUUUAAUAAUAAAAGAAGUGCACAAGCUGC